AUGAUAACCCGAUUGACUUUACCGGGUGAAAUUGAGGGAUGCUACAACGGCUCUUUCUCACCCUUGUCAUCGGAUAAUGGUAUUGAAUCGGUCAUGAACGGCUCUGCUGACCUAAAACAGGUAUUGAUUUCGUCGGUAGUCAGUAGCCGGGUCUGUAUGGAAGCAAACUUCGAGGUGGAACCCAUAGGCCAAAGUUGGUGGUAUUCUCUUCUUCUGAUACAUACGAUCUCCUCACCUCGUAUAUCUGCCCUUUCAUACACUCUUCCUCUCAUUCGUCGUGGGGCAGGUAUGGCUGGGAACAACAAGAAUUCUUGA